ACUUAGCUCAUUGACAUCUGUAUCAGAACAACAAGUUGUUACCAAUAAUAAUUCUAACAAUGUUAAUAAUGGUAACAGUUCAACUUUUUCUCAAAACGAUCCUCAAAACGAUCCUCAAUUUAAAGUUAAGAGAAAACCCACUUUAACUUCGGUUUCUUCACCGGUGCCUCGGCCAUCAUCGCCUCCAUUAAAUACUAUAGGCGAUCCAAUGGCUGAAAUUGUAGCUGCACUGAAAAUGCCAAUUGAUGGAAAUUUUGGUAAACAAAAUGAUCAAAAAUUGUUUUCCCUUGGUAUGAGGAUUGGGACUUCGGGUUAUCUUUGCGUCACCGAUAAUAGAAU